UGUAAAUUAGCCAGGUCAUUUUUGUUAUUUUGCGCUGAGCAAGCAUCAAAUCCAAACAGAUCAAAAUGAUGACCAAACCAUUUGGAAAGAGCGGGGAUGUGAGUGAGCUGGUGAACUCACUCGGCUGGUUGGAGGAGGACGAUGGCAGCUCUCAGGAUGGAGAGGAAAGCCCAGAGAUGAGGGGUCGCCAUGGCCUGACCAUAGGGGGCCGUAUCCGCUCCUGCACAGAGCUGGGCAGUGAGGAUAUGGAAGAAGAGGAGGAGGAGGAUGAAGAGGAGAUUGGACCAAAUGGAGAACAAGCUCCUAAAAGGAGAGGCCCUAAGAAGAAGAAGAUGACCAAAGCUAGACAGGAGAGGUUUCGUGCCCGGCGAGUCAAAGCCAACGCCAGAGAACGUUCGCGUAUGCACGGGCUGAAUGAUGCCCUGGAUAAUCUGCGCAGAGUGAUGCCCUGCUACUCUAAAACACAGAAGCUGUCAAAAAUUGAGACUCUGCGGCUGGCACGCAACUACAUCUGGGCUCUGUCGGAGGUGCUUGAGAGCGGCCAGUCUCCAGAAAGCCAUGGCUUUGUGGAGAUGCUGUGUAAAGGUCUGUCUCAGCCCACCAGUAACCUCGUGGCCGGCUGCUUGCAGCUGGGACCCAGUCCGAUGAUGCUCAACAAGCUGGAGGACAAGUGCGGAGGCCCGGGGGUGGGUGGUGUGGGGGGUCAGGCUGGGCAUCCCCUCAGCUACCCAUCUCCAGGUCUUCCCAGCCCCCCCUACGGCUCCCUGGAGGCUUCCCACCUCCUCCAUAUGAAGGGAUUCAAGGGGCCUGUGUAUGAUAACCCCUCCCCUAACGAGUGCAGCAGCGGCACCCCACCAUACGAUGGGCCCCUCACUCCCCCCCUGAGCAUCAGCGGCAACUUUGCCCUGAAGCAGGAGCCCUCUCCCCGGGAGUCAGAGAGGAACUACACACCCCACCCCGGCCACCAUGCUCACUACCUCUCGUCCCACCAUUACUCCACUUCCACGACUGGCAGCCUAGCAGGGGGGCCUCAGGGCCACCCGCUUUUCCAAGCUUCACGCUAUGAGCUGCCCCUGGAUGUAGCCUUUGACUCCUUCACCCCCUCUCACCUGGUUGCCUCUCAGAUGGGCAGCAUCUAA